GGAAUCGCUUGUUGCAAUACAGAACAAAAGACACAGGGAAGAGCUUGGCAGACACUACGGAGCUAUGAAAGGGUUUGGGCAAGGAUAAACUGGAUUAAUGUAAGAUAAAGAAUGUGAAGAUUCCUCCAAAGAAUAAAUCAGAGAUCAGCAUUUCAAAGCUUUGGAAAUUCUAAAGGAUUGGCUGCAAGCACUCACUUCCCCCUCAUGGAGACACUGGACAAACUUCACCUGAACAGGCAAGUAAUGGCUCUUAUUUUUAUGAUGCCUUUGGUUCUGGUUUGCAGUGAGGCAACAACUCAAUACUCUAUCUUAGAGGAAACAGAAAGUGGUUCCUUUGUGGCCCAUCUGGCCAAGGAUCUGGGUCUGGGAGCUGGGGAGCUGGCUGCCAGGUCUGCACGGGUGGUGUCUGAUGAUUACAAGCAGAGGUUGCUGCUGGAUCCUGAGACUGGGGAUUUGAUUCUGAGGGAGAAACUAGACCGGGAAGAGCUGUGUGGCUUUGUGGAUCCCUGUGUGCUGCCUUUCCAGGUGUCUCUUGAAAAGCCAGUGCAAUAUUUUCAAGGAGAAUUAUUGAUACAGGACAUAAAUGAUCAUGCUCCAGAAUUCCCAGAAGGAGAAAUACUAUUGAAAAUUCCAGAAAACAGUCAGCCAGGCACUCUGUUACCACUGAAUUUAGCCCAGGAUUUGGAUGUGGGCAGCAAUGGGCUUCAACAAUACACAGUCAGCACCAACCCUCAUUUUCAUGUCCUCACUCGAAAUAAUAGUGAAGGCAAGAAAUAUCCAGAAUUGGUGCAGGACAGAGCCCUGGACAGAGAGGAGCAGGCAGAGCUGAGCUUAACCCUCAUGGCUCUAGAUGGCGGGUCUCCACCUAGGUCAGGAACAGCCUUGGUUCAAAUCCUGAUCAUGGACAUCAAUGACAAUGCUCCUGAGUUUGUGAACAGUCCCUAUGAGGUACAGGUCCCAGAGAGCUGUCCCCCAGACUCCCCAAUCCUGACUGUCUUAGCAUGGGAUGCAGAUGCUGGCAACUUUGGGAGUGUUUCCUAUGGCUUGUUCCAAGCAUCAGAUGAAAUCAAGAAAACUUUCUCAAUAAACAAAGUCACAGGAGAAAUACGGCUGAAGAAGGAAUUGGAUUUUGAAAAAAUUAAAUCUUACCAUGUGAAAAUUGAGGCCACAGAUGGAGGGGGGCUUUCUGGGAGAGGUUCUGUGAUGAUAGAGGUGUUGGAUGUGAACGACAAUGCCCCAGAGCUGACCAUAUCUUCACUGACCAGCUCAGUCCCAGAAAAUGCUCCUGAGACCAUAAUCAGCAUCUUCAGAGUUGGAGACAGGGAUUCCGGGGAGAAUGGAAAGGUGGUUUGCUCUAUCUCAGAAAACCUGCCAUUCCUUCUAAAAUCCACUUUCAAGAAUUUCUACACUCUGGUGACAGAGAGUCCCUUGGACAGAGAGAGCAGAGCUGAGUAUAACAUCACCAUCACAGUCUCAGACCUGGGCACACCCAGGCUCACAACCCAGCACACCAUAACAGUGCAGGUGUCUGACAUCAACGACAACGCCCCCGCCUUCACCCAAACCUCCUACACUAUGUUUGUCCAUGAGAACAACAGCCCCGCCCUGCACAUAGGCACCAUCAGUGCCACAGACUCAGACUCAGGCUCCAAUGCCCACAUCACCUACUCACUGCUGCCGCCCCAGAAUCCACAGUUGGCCCUCACCUCAUUAAUCUCCAUUAACCCUGACAACGGGCAGCUGUUUGCUCUCAGGGCGCUAGACUACGAGGCCGUGCAGGCCUUUGAGUUCCAUGUGGGUGCUUCUGAUGGAGGCUCACCCGCGCUCAGCAGCCAGGCUCUGGUGCGCGUGGUGGUGCUGGACGACAAUGACAAUGCGCCCUUCGUGCUCUACCCGCUGCAGAACGCCUCUGCGCCCUUCACUGAGCUGCUGCCCAGGGCUGCAGAACCUGGAUACCUGGUCACCAAGGUGGUGGCUGUUGAUGCUGACUCUGGCCAGAACGCCUGGCUGUCAUUCCAGUUGCUCAAGGCCACGGAGCCCGGGCUGUUCAUUGUGUGGGGGCACAAUGGCGAGGUACGCACAACCAGGAUGCUGAGUGAGCGAGAUGUACCCAAACACAGACUGCUUCUGCUGGUCAAGGACAAUGGUGAUCCUCCACGCUCUGUGAGUGUCACUCUUCUGGUGCUGCUGGUGGAUGGCUUUUCCCAGCCCUACAUCUCUCUACCUGAGGUGGCGCCUGACCCCGCACAGAAAGUCGAGGAUGCGCUCACUGUGUACCUGAUUAUUGCCUUGGCAUCUGUGUCUUCUCUCUUCCUUUUGUCCGUGGUGUUCUUCGUGGGGAUAAAGCUGUGUAGGAGGACCAGGGCAGCCUCUCUGGGUGGCUACUCAAUGCCUAAGGAACUCUUUCCUGGCCACAUGGUGGAUGUCCGUGGCACAGGGACCUUGUCCCACAACUACCAAUAUGAGGUGUGUCUGACCGGGGACUCUGGGACUGGUGAGUUCAAAUUCCUCAAACCCAUGGUCCCCAACCUAAUGGUUCAGGACCCUGGGAGAGAAAUUGCGGAAAAUCUUCAUUGCAGGGAUAGCUUUGUAUUCAGCUAAGUCGGAUGUUCUCAACCUGCGGUUUAUAACCUCUUGAGGGUCGAAGGCCACUCUCACUACGGUCGCCUAAACCCUCAGAAAAUUCUUAUGAUACACACAUAAUAGUAGCAAAAUUACACUUACAAAAUAGCAACGAAAGUAAUUUCACAGUUGGGAGUCACCACAACACUAUGAACUGUCUUAAAUCGUCCCAUCAGUAGGAAGGUUGAGAACCAGUGAGUUAAGUGAUGGGAUUUCCUAAGUGAUGUACAAUUCUUUUCUCUUUUAAGAAAUGAUCUUGUGUCUAUAAAGUUCUCCACUAGUCUAUUUUACUUAUAUCAUUAAUAGUGCUCACAGUUUCCUUUUUAUUGGUAUGAAAGUUCUAGCCAUUAGUUGUACUGAGCAUAGUUCAUAUUUUUCUCCACAUAUGAAUAACUUUGGAGAUUACUACUCUGAGAAGCAUAGCCUUUGAAUUAAACUCUUGAUGAGCUUGUAAGACAUUUUACUUAUCUCAAAAACCCUUGCGUUUUUAUAUGUAUUUGUGACACCAGCCAUUUUCAUGCAACUUCAUCUUUCUAAAGGUAGAGUGUGUUUAAAAUUACUUAUGUUGCCUGGAUCAUUCUGCACGAAUAGAGAGCAGAAUUCUGUCAUGUUUAUGACCAGUUUAAGCUCCCAGACUAGCCAGGUCAUAAAUGUUAAGGUUGUGACACUUUUUGUUUGUGAGCAUCAUGCAUGGUAGUAAUUCUAUUUACUUGGUUGUGCAUGUUCUAGAUGUACUAUGGCUAAAGUUUUGGAUUUUUAUUUGACAAAAAUUAAAGAGAAUGUGUAGUUUGUCAUCUCAUUUAUUUAAUAAAGCUCUUAAAUU